UGCCGGCCUGCCUCUUUCAGCCUCGCUCACGACGUCAAUGGAUGCGCCAUCUGGCAUCUUUCUUCAAACAUUAACUGUCUAUCUUGACGCAAGGGAUAUGCACCUUUGAAGAGUGAAGGUCCCUACUACCUUGGGUCGACUUUUUUUGUGUCUCCAUCCAUAUUAUCUCUUGAAUUUGUACCAUGAUCUAGGAUCCAUAACAUCAACAAUUGGACAUCCUUCAACAUGACGAUACCGUGGGGAACAAUCCGUUCCCUCACAAUCUUCUUCGCCCCCGUCCUCCUCCCCAAAGUAUUCGGCCUCUACCGCAACUUCCGCCGCGGCCCCCAAUCCGUCUAUGGGCCGAUCAAGGUCCGGCCCGUUCCCUCCUCCGUCCGCCGCGCUCUGCUCCUUCUUCUCUCCCUCUCGCUCGCCUACGUCGCCCUCGCCCUCCUCCCCAUCUACUCCCCCGAGAACAUCUUCCGCCUCACGCAAUCCCGUCUCCAAAUCCCCGUCGACGUGCUCUUCACGCGCCUGGCCUCCAUCCGCCCUCCCUCCGCCGCCGACAACGCAUUGCGUCACAAAUUCGUCAACCUCCAAUCCCGUCUGCUCUACCUGCAAUUCGGCCCCGACGUCUUGGCCUCAUGCCCCUUUUGUUCCUCCGACGACCCCAAAUCAUAUCUCUACUACGCGCUCCCUUCCAUCGUCGCCCCGCAUCUCUUCAACCUGGGCGUCAUCGCCCUCGUCACUUCCAGCAUCUUCACGGGUCGCAACGGGUUUAAAUGGCGAUACCUGGCGACCAUGGCCUCCCUGGUCGUUGGGGGUGCGGACGUGUACAUGGUCAGCGCGUAUAACCCGCAGACCAACGCGCGCGCGCUGCGGUUAUACGAAAUCGAUUUCUUCCACUGGCGACAACGAUCGCUGCGCUUUCUUGUUCUUGCACUCCUCGACUGCUUGCUUGCCACGCUCAUGUAUCUAAGCUCGACGAACCGGCUGUUUGUCGAUCACCCGAGCCCGGCCGAGCGCGUGGAAACCGUGGUGCGCCAGUUGCAGCACAUCAAAGGAAAAGUCAACGCGGUGGGCGUGAUGCAGAAUACAAUCAGCCGGGAUGAGGAGUUGAGGGCACGGGGCAAUGCGUAUUGGCAGCAUGAGGUGAGGCUGAUGGGGGAAGUCAUGGAGGAGAGGGAUGUGGUGGAGGGGGUGAGGGAUGCGUUGCGGGAGAGGGUGGUGGUUGAGAAUGUGGAGAGGGAUGCGGAAAUUUAUGUGAGGGCCAUGUUGCCGCCUUUUUCGGCGGCCAUGCAUGGUGGAGGUGGAGAAAGGUCGAAGGACGACUGAUUAGAGAGGGGUUUUCGAUACGAGAUGCAGUGCUUUUUUGUGUUUUGCGUUUUGGUUGACCAAAUCUUAUUAGUUGGCAUGGCGUUUUGGAUAUGGUAUUCGGUAUCUAGAGCGGUUAUAGAUCUCUGUUCAAGGUGCUUUGCCUACGUGGGUAUACUGUAUGAUGGAGACUGCGAUGUCUUAUCCCAAGAGCUGAUGGAUGAUCUAUGUUAAAACCAGUUACGCUGCGUCCCGGCAAUAUGAGACUAUUUAUAAUAAAAUAUACCUGUACCCAGAACACGGA